AUGCUACUAGUAUGGCUGAGAACACCGACGAUAAGCUAUGUGCAAGAACUUGACGACACGGCUGCAUAUGAACACGCACACAACCCGUCACUAGAAGCCGCCGAAGAUGACCAUUACAGCACCACUUUACUACUCGACCGAGAAGAAGAAGACUAUUCCCCACCGCACCACAACGUAUCUGAAGAGCUCAACGCCCUCCGCUCCGCGAUAACCACAUUGACAAAGGCGGUCACCGAUAACCAAAAACGGACGCAUGGGGAGACAUCAUUUAACGAACCCGAAAUAAAACGAAACAAAACAUCAGUCGAUGAGGACAUCCUCAAGACACUGGAACAAAAAAUUUCCAACAUCGAGCGCCUCAACAACUCGUUCACGCUAUUCAGGACUACAAAUACACUCGUCACCAGACAAGAUCACAUACCACGCAGGAAGAAAAUCGAUCCCACAACACUAUUACUACUUCCAAGAAUAGAGGAGGCGCAGCACCCAACUGUUGCGCAUUCUGCGCAGACGACCACUGGGCAUCACAGUGUCCACACUAUCAAACGCUAUCCCAACGCCGUGCGCAAUGUCAACGCCGAAACAGGUGCGAACGCUGCUUGA